CGCCCCGGGGCGGCGGGGCUGCUGGCGCCAUGACCCUCGCCCCUCUGCGACCUGAGCACCGAGGGCCAGGGCCCCGGCCCGCCAUGCGGCCGCCAGCUGCGAGCCCGCGGCCUCCGCUGCCGCUGCUGCUGCCGCUGCUGCUCCUGGGGUGUGCGGGGGCCGCCGGGGGCCCCGCCUUCCGCACCUUCGCCGUCAGCGACUGGGGCCUCACGCACCUGGUGGUGCACGAGCACACGGGGGAGGUGUACCUGGGCGGGGUGAACCGCAUCUACAAGCUGUCGGGGAACCUGACGCUGCUGCGCGUGCACGUGACGGGCCCCGUGGAGGACAAUGAGAAGUGCUACCCGCCCCCCAGCGUGCAGUCCUGCCCGCACGGCCUGGGCAUCACCGACAACGUCAACAAGCUGCUGCUGCUGGACUACGCCGCCAACCGCCUGCUGGCCUGCGGCAGCGCCUCCCAGGGCAUCUGCCAGUUCCUGCGGCUGGACGACCUCUUCAAGCUGGGGGAGCCGCACCACCGCAAGGAGCACUACCUGUCCAGCGUGCGGGAGGCCAGCAGCAUGGCCGGCGUGCUCAUCCCCGCCCCGCCGGGCCAGGCCCAGGCCAAGCUCUUCGUGGGCACGCCCAUCGACGGCAAGUCCGAGUACUUCCCCACGCUGUCAAGCCGCCGGCUCAUGGCCAACGAGGAGGACGCCGACAUGUUCGGCUUCGUGUACCAGGACGAAUUUGUGUCCUCCCAGCUCAAGAUCCCGUCGGACACGCUGUCCAAGUUCCCGGCCUUCGACAUCUACUACGUGUACAGCUUCCGGAGCGAGCAGUUCGUGUACUACCUCACGCUGCAGCUGGACACGCAGCUGACCUCGCCCGACGCGGCCGGCGAGCACUUCUUCACCUCCAAGAUCGUGCGGCUCUGCGUGGACGACCCCAAGUUCUACUCCUACGUGGAGUUCCCCAUCGGCUGCAAGCAGGCCGGCGUGGAGUACCGCCUGGUGCAGGACGCCUACCUGAGCCGGCCCAGCCCCCACCUGGGCCAGAGCCUGGGCCUCUCGCGGGACGAGGACGUGCUCUUCACCGUGUUUGCGCAGGGCCAGAAGAACCGCGUGAAGCCGCCCAAGGAGUCCGUGCUGUGCCUGUUCACGCUCAGGAGCAUCAAGGAGAGGAUCAAGGAGCGCAUUCAGUCCUGCUACCGCGGGGAGGGCAAGCUCUCGCUCCCCUGGCUGCUCAACAAGGAGCUGGGCUGCAUCAACUCGCCCCUGCAGAUCGACGACGACUUCUGUGGCCAGGACUUCAACCAGCCUCUGGGGGGCACGGUCACCAUCGAGGGCACGCCUCUGUUUGUGGACAAGGACGACGGCUUGACUGCCGUGGCCGCCUACAACUACCAGGAGGACACCGUGGUGUUUGCCGGCACGCGGAGCGGCCGCAUCCGCAAGCUCCUGCUGGACCCCAACAGCCCCGGGGGCCGGCCGGCCCUGGCCUACGAGAGCGUGGUGGUCCAGGAGGGCAGCCCCGUCCUGCGCGACCUCGUCCUCAGCCCUGACCACCAGUACCUGUACGCCAUGACGGAAAAGCAGGUGACGCGGGUGCCGGUGGAGAGCUGCGUGCAGUACACGUCCUGCGAGCUGUGCCUGGGGUCUCGGGACCCGCACUGCGGCUGGUGUGUCCUGCAUAGUGUCUGCUCGCGGAAGGACGCCUGUGAGCGGGCGGACGAGCCCCAGCGCUUCGCCUCCAGCCUGCUGCAGUGCGUGCGGCUGGCUGUGCAGCCGCGCAACGUGUCUGUCACCAUGUCGCAGGUGCCGCUCGUGCUGCAGGCCUGGAACGUGCCCGACCUCUCGGCCGGGGUCAACUGCUCCUUCGAGGACUUCACGGAGUCCGAGGGCAUCCUCCAGGACGGCCGCAUCCACUGCCGCUCGCCCUCCGCCCAGGAGGUGGCGCCCAUCACCAGGGGCCAGGGGGACCAGCGCGUGGUGAAGCUCUACCUGAAGUCCAAGGAGACGGGCAAGAAGUUCGCGGCCGUCGACUUUGUCUUCUACAACUGCAGCGUCCACCAGGCCUGCCUGGCGUGCGUCAACGGCUCCUUCCCCUGCCACUGGUGCAAGUACCGCCACGUGUGCACCAACAACGCCGCCGACUGCGCCUUUCUGGAGGGCCGCGUCAACGUUUCCGAGGACUGCCCCCAGAUCCUGCCCUCCACGCAGAUCUACGUGCCGGUGGGCGUGGUGAAGCCCAUCACCCUGGCCGCCCGCAACCUGCCGCAGCCGCAGUCGGGCCAGCGAGGGUACGAGUGCCUCUUCCACAUCCCGGGCAACCCGGCCCGCGUGACCGCCCUGCGCUUCAACAGCUCCAGCCUGCAGUGCCAGAACUCCUCGUACUCCUACGAAGGGAACGACGUCAGCGACCUGCCCGUGAACCUGUCCGUGGUGUGGAAUGGUAACUUCGUCAUCGACAACCCCCAGAACAUCCAGGCCCACCUCUACAAGUGCCCCGCCCUGCGCCAGAGCUGUGGCCUCUGCCUCAAGGCCGACCCGCGCUUCGAGUGCGGCUGGUGCGUGGCCGAGCGCCGCUGUUCCCUGCGCCCCCACUGCCCGGCCGAGGCGCCCGCCGCCUGGAUGCACGCCCGCCACGGCAACAGUCGCUGCGCGGACCCCAAGAUCCUCAAGCUCUUCCCCGAGACCGGCCCUCGCCAGGGAGGGACCAAGCUCACCAUCACCGGGGAGAACCUGGGCCUGCGGUUCGAGGACGUGCGCCUGGGCGUGCGCGUGGGCAAGGUGCUGUGCAGCCCCGUGGAGAGCCAGUACAUCAGCGCCGAGCAGAUCGUGUGUGAGAUCGGGGACGCCAGCACGGUGCGGGCCCACGACGCCCUGGUGGAGGUGUGUGUGCGCGACUGCUCGCCCCACUACCGGGCCCUGUCACCCAAGCGCUUCACGUUCGUGACACCGACCUUCUACCGCGUGAGCCCCUCGCGCGGGCCCCUGUCGGGGGGCACCUGGAUCGGCAUCGAGGGCAGCCACCUCAACGCGGGCAGCGACGUGGCCGUGUCCAUCGGGGGCCGGCCUUGCUCCUUCUCCUGGAGGAACUCCCGGGAGAUCCGCUGCCUGACGCCGCCAGGGCAGAGCCCGGGCAGCGCCCCCAUCGUCAUCAACAUCAACCGCGCCCAGCUCACCAACCCCGAGGUGAAGUACAACUACACCGAGGACCCCACCAUUCUGAGGAUCGACCCCGAGUGGAGCAUCAACAGCGGAGGGACCCUCCUGACGGUCACCGGCACCAAUCUGGCCACCGUCCGCGAGCCCCGCAUCCGGGCCAAGUACGGAGGUGUUGAGCGGGAGAAUAGCUGCAUGGUGUACAACGACACCACCAUGGUGUGCCGGGCCCCGUCGGUGGACAACCCCACGCGCAGCCCGCCGGAGCUGGGGGAGCGGCCCGACGAGCUGGGCUUCGUCAUGGACAACGUGCGCGCCCUGCUGGUGCUCAACUCCUCCUCCUUCCUCUACUACCCGGACCCCGUGCUGGAGCCCCUCAGCCCCACCGGCCUCCUGGAGCUCAAGCCCAGCUCUCCCCUCAUCCUCAAGGGCCGGAACCUCCUGCCACCGGCCCCAGGCAACUCACGGCUCAACUACACGGUGCUCAUCGGCUCCACGCCGUGCGCCCUCACGGUGUCGGAGACGCAGCUGCUGUGCGAGUCGCCCAACCUCACGGGACAGCACAAGGUCACGGUGCGCGCGGGCGGCUUCGAGUUCUCCCCGGGAAUGCUGCAGAUGUACUCGGACAGCCUGCUGACGCUGCCCGCCAUCGUGGGCAUCGGCGGGGGCGGGGGCCUCCUGCUGCUGGUCAUCGUGGCCGUGCUGAUCGCCUACAAGCGCAAGUCCCGCGACGCGGACCGCACCCUCAAGCGGCUGCAGCUCCAGAUGGACAACCUGGAGUCCCGCGUGGCCCUGGAGUGCAAGGAAGCCUUUGCAGAGCUGCAGACAGACAUCCACGAGCUGACCAGCGACCUGGACGGCGCGGGCAUCCCGUUCCUGGACUACCGCACGUACGCCAUGCGCGUGCUCUUCCCCGGGAUCGAGGACCACCCUGUGCUGAAGGAGAUGGAGGUGCAGGCCAACGUGGAGAAGUCCCUGACGCUCUUUGGGCAGCUGCUCACCAAGAAGCACUUCCUGCUGACGUUCAUCCGCACGCUGGAGGCGCAGCGCAGCUUCUCCAUGCGCGACCGCGGGAACGUGGCCUCGCUCAUCAUGACGGCCCUGCAGGGGGAGAUGGAGUACGCUACCGGGGUGCUCAAGCAGCUGCUGUCGGACCUCAUCGAGAAGAACCUGGAGAGCAAGAACCACCCCAAGCUGCUGCUGCGCCGCACGGAGUCUGUGGCGGAGAAGAUGCUGACCAACUGGUUCACGUUCCUCCUGUACAAGUUCCUCAAGGAGUGCGCGGGCGAGCCGCUCUUCAUGCUGUACUGCGCCAUCAAGCAGCAGAUGGAGAAGGGGCCCAUCGACGCCAUCACCGAGGCCCGCUACUCCCUGAGCGAGGACAAGCUCAUCCGGCAGCAGAUCGACUACAAGACGCUGACCCUGAACUGCGUGAACCCCGAGAACGAGAACGCACCCGAAGUGCCCGUGAAGGGGCUGAACUGCGACACGGUGACGCAGGUCAAGGAGAAGCUGCUGGACGCCGUGUACAAGGGGGUGCCCUACUCCCAGAGGCCCAAGGCGGGGGACAUGGACCUGGAGUGGCGCCAGGGCCGCAUGGCGCGCGUCAUCCUGCAAGAUGAGGACGUCACCACCAAGAUCGACAACGACUGGAAGAGGCUCAACACGCUGGCCCACUACCAGGUGACAGACGGGUCGUCGGUGGCUCUGGUGCCCAAGCAGACGUCUGCCUACAACAUUUCCAACUCCUCGACGUUCACCAAGUCCCUCAGCAGAUACGAGAGCAUGCUGCGCACGGCCAGCAGCCCCGACAGCCUGCGCUCGCGCACGCCCAUGAUCACGCCCGACCUGGAGAGCGGCACCAAGCUGUGGCACCUGGUGAAGAACCACGACCACCUGGACCAGCGCGAGGGCGACCGCGGCAGCAAGAUGGUCUCCGAGAUCUACCUGACGCGGCUGCUGGCCACCAAGGGCACGCUGCAGAAGUUUGUGGACGACCUGUUCGAGACCAUCUUCAGCACCGCGCACCGCGGCUCGGCCCUGCCGCUGGCCAUCAAGUACAUGUUCGACUUCCUGGACGAGCAGGCCGACAAGCACCAGAUCCAUGACGCCGACGUGCGCCACACCUGGAAGAGCAACUGCCUCCCCCUGCGCUUCUGGGUGAACGUGAUCAAGAACCCGCAGUUCGUGUUCGACAUCCACAAGAACAGCAUCACGGACGCCUGCCUGUCGGUGGUGGCCCAGACCUUCAUGGACUCCUGCUCCACGUCCGAGCACAAGCUGGGCAAGGACUCGCCCUCCAACAAGCUGCUCUACGCCAAGGACAUCCCCAACUACAAGAGCUGGGUGGAGAGGUACUACGCCGACAUCGCCAAGAUGCCCGCCAUCAGCGACCAGGACAUGAGCGCGUACCUGGCGGAGCAGUCGCGGCUGCACCUGAGCCAGUUCAACAGCAUGAGCGCCCUGCACGAGAUCUACUCCUACAUCGCCAAGUACAAGGACGAGAUCCUGGUCGCCCUGGAGAAGGACGAGCAGGCCCGGCGGCAGCGGCUGCGGAGCAAGCUGGAGCAGGUGGUGGACACGAUGGCGCUGAGCAGCUGAGGGCCCGCGGGGCCUCCGCCACGGAGGCAGCACGGGGGCGCGGGGACCUCGGGGGCGCAGCCCCGGCCCGCCCCGCCCGCGGGUGGAGGGCCGGCGCGGCCCGGGCCCCGGCCUCCUCCCGUCUUGCUCCGGAAGGCCCCGGUGGCCGCGCCUCGGCGGCUUGGCAGGGGCGCGGCGGUGCCUCCUCCAGCUGCCGCCGUGGGCGGGCCAAGUCCGGGCCCGGUGGCAGGGGAGGCGGAGCCGGGGUGCCGGGCCGGGCCCCCCUCCCGCCGCACCUGUGCCAGCGCAGGGCUGUCACCCGAGAUUCACCGCGUGCUCUGCGCACCGGAGCCGAGCCGCCGCGGCCGCCGGGAGAGCCUCCCUCCCGUGGAGGGGCAGGCGCCGCUCCCCAGAGACUCGCGGGCGGGCGGGGCGGCCCCGGGUCACAGAGCGCAUGUCCCCCUUAUUUAUUCCCCCUCUGCCUGCCCCGGUGCAGAGCCGGCCGAGCUCCGCCGCGGGGCCCCCGGGCCUCCCCUCCUCUGUGCCCCCCCCUGCACCCCCCGGCCUCCCGUCGGGCAUCCGAGCAGCUUCCAGGCCCGCAGAGCCCAGGGACUUGUGGGGGCCAUUUUCUGCUUCACGGGGAACAAGAGUCCUGCUGUGCUCUGGCCGAGGGGCGGGGCCUCUCGGGGCUCCCUGGCCCCCGCCGUGACCCCGGGCUGGAGCAGCCGCCCUCGCCCUCCGAGAGCGAAGAACACGUUUUUAUGGAGAGAUGAACACCUUGUACAUAUAUAUAUGUGUGUGUGUACAUAGACGUGUGUACAUAUAUAUGUAUAUACGCGGCGUGAGCCCCGCCCCAGCCCCAGCGGGGUCCUGUACAGUCAGCCGAGGGAGACACGAGGGCGCGGAAGGAGGCGCGGGCCGCGGCCGGGGGCGCGGGGAGGGAGCGCCCGCCCGCCCGCCCGCCCGCCCGGCCCCCGCACGCAGGGCCCGGGAUUUGCAUGAUCGUGCUAGAGUGUAGUCUGAGUUGGUCUUUUUCAAGCUGCAAGUGUUGGAUUCUAGAGGUGGUUAGACCUUUUUUUAUGCUUUUAAAUGAAUCAGUCGCUCGUCAGAACCGCGCCCUUCCCCCUUUUCAAGGUCACUUUUUCCACGGUACUAAAUAUUCCAC